CAAAAACCUCAAGAAAUCUUCUUCCAUGGCGGAUUCAAGCUCUCCUCUCCCUCCUCUUUGUGAAAGGAUCUCACACAAAAGCUAUUUAUUAAGAGCUGUGGAUCUCACUAUUCUAGGCCUUCUAGUUUCUCUUCUAUUGUACCGAAUCCUACAUGUGAACCAAAACGACACCGUUUGGGUCGUGGCUUUCCUCUGUGAAUCUUGUUUCUCCUUCGUAUGGUUGCUUAUUACCUGCAUAAAAUGGAGUCCUGCUGAUUAUAAAACAUAUCCUGAUAGACUUGAUGAAAGGGUUCAUGACCUUCCAUCGGUAGAUAUGUUCGUGACCACAGCGGAUCCAGUUAGGGAGCCGCCGAUUAUCGUUGUAAACACUGUGCUUUCACUGUUAGCUGUGAAUUAUCCGGCAAACAAACUAGCUUGUUAUGUGUCGGACGAUGGAUGUUCACCCCUCACUUACUUCUCUCUCAAGGAAGCUUCUAAGUUUGCCAAGAUUUGGGUUCCUUUCUGCAAGAAAUACAACGUUAGAGUUAGAGCUCCUUUUAUGUACUUCUUGAACCCUCCGGCCGCAACAGAAGGUUCUGAAUUCGGUAAAGACUGGGAAAUGAUGAAGAGGGAGUACGAGAAGCUAAGCAAGAAAUUAGAAGAUGCCACCGGAAGCUCCCAUUGGUUGGAUGCAGAAGAUGACUUUGAAGCUUUCUCAAACACAAAACCAAAUGAUCAUUCAAUUAUUGUUAAGGUGGUAUGGGAAAACAAGGGAGGUGUGGGAGACGAGAAAGAGGUCCCUCAUGUUGUAUACAUUUCAAGAGAAAAAAGACCAAAUUACUUUCAUCAUUACAAAGCUGGAGCCAUGAACUUUCUGGUAAGAGUGUCAGGGUUGAUGACAAAUGCACCAUACAUGUUGAACGUAGACUGCGACAUGUAUGCCAAUGAAGCAGAUGUGGUGCGACAAGCAAUGUGUAUAUUUCUGCAAAAAUCAGUGAAUUCAAACCAUUGUGCUUUUGUUCAAUACCCUCAAGAUUUCUAUGAUUCUAACGCCGAUGAACUCACCGUCUUACAAUUAUACUUGGGACGAGGAAUUGCGGGAAUCCAAGGACCGUUGUAUGGGGGCUCAGGAUGCUUCCAUACUAGAAGAGUUAUGUACGGUCUUUCUCUAGAGGAUUUAGAAGACGAUGGAAGUCUUUCCUCAAUUGCUACUAGGAAGUAUUUGGCUGAGGAGAGUCUAGCGAGAGAAUUUGGCAAAUCUAAGGAGAUGGUGAAAUCAGUGGUCGAUGCGUUACAAAGAAAAUCAUAUCUUCAUAACAUCCUUAAAGACUCUCUAGAAGCGGCUCAAGAAGUGGGACAUUGCCACUACGAGUACCAAACCAGCUGGGGCAACACCAUUGGUUGGUUAUACGAUUCAACAGCGGAAGAUGUGAACACGAGUAUCGGAAUCCAUUCGAGGGGGUGGACUAGCUCAUAUAUUAUUCCGGAUCCACCGGCGUUUCUAGGGUGUAUGCCACAAGGAGGACCGCAUGCAAUGGUUCAACAGCGACGAUGGGCGACCGGACUGCUUGAAGUCCUUUUCAACAAACAAAGUCCGUUGAUUGGGAUGUUUCGCCGGAAAAUAAGAUUCCGACAAAGCUUGGCUUAUCUUUACGUUUUCAGUUGGGGUCUAAGGUCGAUACCGGAGCUCUUCUAUUGUCUCUUGCCUGCUUAUUGCCUACUCCACAACGCUGCCUUAUUUCCCAAGGGAGCUUAUUUGGGUAUAAUCGUCACGCUUGUGGGGAUGCAUUGUCUUUACACUCUAUGGGAAUUUAUGAGCCUUGGUUUUUCCGUACAAUCGUGGUAUGCUUCCCAAUCAUUUGGGAGGAUAAAAACCACUUGUAGUUGGUUAUUUAGCAUCCUUGAUAUCAUACUCAAGCUUCUUGGAAUCUCGAAAACCGUCUUCAUAGUCACUAAAAAGACUAUGCCUGAGACCAAGUCAGGGUCUGGAUCCGAAAAAUCUCAAGGAGAAGUUGAUUGUCCAAACAUAGAUUCCGGUAAAUUUGAAUUUGAUGGUUCGCUUUAUUUUUUGCCUGGCACAUUUAUUGUGUUGGUAAAUCUAGCCGCUCUAGCCGGUUGUUCGGUGGGUCUACAACGGUUGAGUCCUCGUCACGGGGGAGGUGGUUCUGGUUUGGCAGAGGCUUGUGGAUGUGUCUUGGUGGUUAUACUGUUCCUUCCAUUUCUAAAGGGUAUGUUUGAGAAGGGAAAAUAUGGUAUCCCAUUGUCUACUCUUUCUAAAGCUGCAUUUUUAGCAAUGUUAUUUGUUGUUUUCUUUAUGGGAAACUAGUAGUGCACUAGUGUGAUAUGGGUUUGUUAUGCACCUAUCGUUAAGUGUAUCAUGACAUUGUCUCAAUUGAUAAUGCUAUUUAUGCAAUUAGUUUUAUAAUAUUGAUUGUCAAACUAACUAAUGUGAAACCAUUCAAAGCGUUUAAUUACAAAUGAACGUUAUUCUGACAA